AUGGAACAAGUUGAAAAGGAUCCAGAAGAGGCACCGGGACGCUCUGUGUUGCCCGAAAAUCGAGACGCUAAGACCGGGGUCUCGACUUGGAGGGGUGAGGCAGACCCCAGUGAGGAGGGCACCGAGGAGUCAAAGCGAGAAGAGGAGCAGGAACGUCCAAAGGGAAUACUCAACCUGCAGAGAGAACUGGGAGCGUUUGAGACCAACAUCAGAACUGCAGCCGACGCCAAAGAGCUGAAGCGAAGGGCGGAGUUGGAGGAAGCUCGCCGAAUGAGGCGAGAGCAGCAGGAGAGUGAUGUGAAAUCCAUCCAGGAAAAAUGUGAUGAAAUAAUGACAAAGUGGUCAGCACUCAGUGAGAAGGUGCUCCCUCAGGACCUGCGUGAAGCCCUGAACGGCCAUCAGCAGUUGUGUGCUGCCACCAUAGCAGACAAGAAGAAACUCAUCAGCGACCUGCAGCAGGAGCUAAAGAGGAGAGACGAUCAGUAUGUGAAGACCUUGAGGAAGAAUGAGGAGGAGAUCGACCUGCUGAUUGAGAGGAUGGAGGACCAGAUAAAAGCUCUGACUAAAGCUUACAGGGAGGAGCUCAGCCGGACCGAGAUAGCGAGGCUGACAGAGAGGGAGGAGGAGGAGGAGAAGUAUGUGGUGAUACCCGACAAUCACAUACCGGAGGGCACCGACUUACGCAGCCUUGAACUUCAGAAGACAAACUGGCAGCUUGUGCAACAGAUCACGGUCAUGAAGCUGCUGAUACAAAAGACGAAGCAAAAGCUUUCAGCUGCCAAGGAAGCCUACAACAGUAACAAACACCACAUCAUGAGCCUGCAGAAAGAGGUAUCCGACCUACAAAAGAUGCACAAGAGAUCAAAGAAAGAGUUCGAGCAGAAGAAACUUGAUCUAUGGAAGAAGAACGAGCGCUCCGUCCAGCAGCACAAACGGCUGCAGGAGCAAGUCAAACACUUUGCAGCUGCUGAUUCCAGAAGGUUCAAGGAGGUGUGGCUCAUGUGUGAAGCGGAGAGGAAGCAGCAGGUGGAGAAAGUUCUGGCCCUCGACUCGCGGAUCUGCAGGCACCUCGGCGUAGCGUGGAAGCAGCCUCCUGUGCCCGUCAUGCAGCACCCUGGUCCCAUCCAGCCAGGAAAGCUGUCGGUGGGGAUGAUGAAGAAAGUGAUGGAGCUGCUGUGUGAUGAAGGGGGCUUCCUGAUGGAGAGUGAGCUCCUGAAGCUGCAGAGCGAAGAGCAGACUGUCAAGAAGCUGAGCGCUCUCUUCCACGUGAGUCCAUGUUCAUACGUUGUCCUCACGCAGCACACACCUGAAGCUCCGUCUUUGGGCCUUGAAGAUGAGGAUCUGCCAACGUUGGCUGAUUUCUUAUUAAAGUACAAACAAGAGCAGAGAGCGCAGACUGAGGAUGUUUGUGCUGAAUCCAGUGAGAUGGCAAAGUCAGCAGAGGCCAGCGCUGCCAUUAGUACGAGCUCUGAAGUGAUCCACGGUAGCCGUGUCCUGCCUGCUCUGAGGAGCUUCCUGGAGCAGCAGAUGAAGUCCAGCGUGAAAUCGCGUUUAAUGUGUUGGUGGUGCUUUUUAAGGGAAGCCCGAAAUACUUCAGACUACAAAGCCUACUGGGACAGCAUGGCCAACAUCAUCUCCAAGGACAAACUCAAGAUGUGGGAUGCAGCAGAGAGAACGCUGACAAGAUACCACACGGUUCUGACUGAGAUCUCUGAGCUCGACUCUAAGAAUAUGCGUCUGGAGGAGAGAAACAAAGAACUGAAGGAGCGAGUGCAGCAGAUGUCCAGGUCCAGAGUACGU